UAGAGGACUUCACCUGACCUAAACAUACAGGGACUAUUGCCUUCAAAUGCGUUCAAAGAGGUUGUACAUCCAGCCAUGAAAUAUAUACAGUAACUCAGGCUAAAGGAAACAGAAACAUAUUCUGGGUGCCAACCAUUCUUGGUGAGGAGAGACAGUGCAUCAGUAUUCAAUAGAGGAUAAAGACUCCCAGACAAAACAAACCCACCAUGACCCAAGGAAAGCUGUUGGAGGGCAGUAAGGUGAACCAUGGCUCCACAGCGGAGACCACACCUCCAGAACCCCCCAGCUACGAGGAGGCCACCGCAGAUGCUAGCCCUUGCUACACCGGGGCGUACACUGACGAUGGGGAGCUGCUCACUCAGUUCAACUGGGAUGACCGAAACAUCAGGAGGGUGUUUGCUCGUAAGGUGUAUAGUAUUUUGAUGAUUCAACUGCUGGUCACCCUGGCCAUUGUGGCACUGUGUGUCUUCUGUGAACCGGUGAAGGCCUUUGUUCAUGCCAACCCUGGAUGGUAUUGGGCCUCCUAUGCUGUUUUCCUGGUCACCUAUCUGACAAUAUGUUGCUGCUCUGCCCCCAGGAGGAAAUUUCCCUGGAAUAUCAUCUUGCUGGCAUUAUUUACACUGUCUUUCUCAUAUAUGACAGGAAUGUUGUCAAGCUUUUACAACACCAAGUCGGUCCUGCUGUGCCUGGGAAUCACAGUUCUAGUUUGCCUCUCUGUAACACUGCUCAGCUUCUUUACCAAGAUCGACCUGACUUCCUGCCAUGGCUUGCUGGCUGUUCUCAGCGUCACUGUGUUCAUCUGUGGCCUCAUGCUGGCAUUUGUCCUGCCCUUGGGCUUAGUCCCCUGGCUACACGCUCUUUAUGGGGUCUUGGGAGCUAUCCUGUUCACCAUGUUCCUUGCGUUUGACCUGCAGAUGGUGAUGGGUAACCGGCGUUACACCAUCAGCCCAGAGGAGUACAUCUUCGCCACGCUCAACAUCUAUGUGGACAUCAUUUACAUCUUCAGCUUCCUCCUGCAGCUCUUCGGCUCGCAGGACUGAGAAGCUCUCUCUAACCGUUUUGUGACGUCUGAUGUGGCAUUCGGCCGUACUGCAGGCUGUAAUGCACCCCCUCGCCUCAUGCUUCCUCUCCUCUCUAACUGUACUGUCAGGCUUAAAGUUACAGUGGCCCUGUUCUUUCCAGCAUGUUGUGGCUUCCUAGUACACUGUGUAGUGACUUUAGCUGUCGUGCUGACAUCCUACAGUAUACGAUCUAAAAUGAUGAGGUUCCUGGGCUAUUGAAGGACAGUUGAAGGUCAUUGAAGGUCACUGAAACGAAAGAUCAUUUCGGGUCAGAGGUCAGGGGGUGGGGCCACAGUGGUGAGGGGCCACCUACCGAUAAAGGCGCCCCUCUUAAAUGUGCUUACAGAAGGAUCUUGUUUUAGGAAGGUGGUUGUUAACCAUUUCAGUCAGUUGGUGGCUUGACAUGCUGACAUAGGGUAGCCUACCCAUGAUGGUGUGGGUAAAAAAAAUGUUCUUGGGCACAAGACAUCUAGUUAAAAUUCUAUCAAUUUGUGCAACAGUAUUCACUAACUCGUUUUUUUAUUAACAUGGGUGUCAAUUGGGAAAGGCCAGUGACCAGAACAACAAACAAACCAAAAUUAGCAGCAUUCAGCAUAAUUCAUGACACUGCAUGCAUUUGAAUGUGCAAUCAUCACUAACACAUUAAAAAAGUAUUAAUGAGUAAAUCUAAUCAUAAAAUAUUUUUUGUGAACUAUGAGCACUGUGUUGUGUGAAAUAUUUGCUCUGCAUGCAUGACUGGAGUGAUGUGAGAUCCUUUGUAAUAUAAAUAUGUCGUAUUAUGAGAUGAUUUGUGGUUGAUGUAUUUACUGAACUGCACUUUACCUUGCAUUCUUCUUACCUUUACCUUGCAAUGAGUAUUUCACCCCUCCACUGGCAUCACCAAUUUCUAAGCUGUUUCCAGUUUUGUCACUCAUGUUCAAACCCACUUCUGAUAGGCUAUGGGUGAUUGAAUGGUUUAAGAUUGUGUCAGCUCAGGACUGUUGCAUGUGCCUCUGUAAAUAUGCCUCAAUAAUUGCAGAAACACAACCUGUUUGAUCAGAUUAAUCAAAAAAGUAGGGAAGAGAUUGAUUGAUUGAUUGAUUGAUUGAUUGAUUGAUUGAUUGAUUGAUUGAUUGAUCGAUCGAUUAGUCCCACAAAUAAUAAUAGAUUAUUUAUAUUUGUCAGAUUCAUAGACCACAAUUAUGUUGUUUUUUCUUUUUCUCCAAAUGUAAGCCUACCAUUGACUGGUUUACUUUUUCUAUUUUUAUUGUGGAACUAUGGAAAAUAUUCUGAUGCCAUGCUAUAAUGCUGCAUUCAUCUCCAAAGUCUUAUGCGAUUGAAGUGCCAAUGCAUUCCAUUUGGUAAAUUUCGGAGUGCCACUGUCUUACCUAACCACUAUCACAUAUUUCUUCUUUCUUGUUCAUGUAUAGUUUUUAAAUGUAAAUGUAAAGUUAAAUUAUUUUGACAUUGUUUGAAUAAAAAGAA